UAAAACUUGGAUUAUACUGCACAAGGUGUGUGAGAUUUUGUAAACAAAUGGUUUGAUAUAGCUUUGCUGUUGUUAAAUACGUCUAUAAUUUCAAUCCAUCAAAAAUUUUCUCCAUUUUUGGAUUCUUCGUUCAAAGGGAGGCAUGCGAGACAAACAUCUUCAUGAAUUCAAUAGAACAUGGGGUGAAAAGGUGAUAUACAAAUCGUUAUUUAGGGGGUUAAGUAUUCCUUUAAGUUUUAUAUCCUGUUUGCUUCACUGUAUAGGAAGGCACCGCAUGUAAAACUAUGCGGCCUCUUGCAUGUCUGGCCCUGACAUACACUCUGUGCUUAUUAUUAGCCUCAACUAGACUGGAGAAGCAUCUGCAGGGGCACAGGUGAUGUGUAACUCACAGACUCAAUAAGUAAGCCACAAACAGUUGGACCAAUGAAAUGGCUUUGAGAGCUGAGGUCACUCUUGUCCAAAGUUCUUGUCCAGUUUAUGUUUUCUCUGGUUGGUGCCAGUAGCACAAGUGGUUAUGAGGCAAACUAUGUACUCAAUUUAACGUCUCUUAGUCUAGAAGUUUUUGCAUUGUUGAUAGAUAGGUGCAUCAGGUACAAUGUUGCGGAUGAGGUUUAGAGUCAUUCUCUUGCUCCUUCUAUUGGCAGUCAGGUGUGUUACACAGGAAGUAACCCCAAACAAAGACUGCGUUUGUGGACAUCCUGGUAUACCUGGGGACCCCGGACACAAUGGCACACCUGGCAGAGAUGGCCGAGAUGGACUCAGAGGUGAAAAAGGUGAUCAAGGUCAAGUUGGCCCCGUUGGAGCAGCUGGCAAUGAUGGCCACAAAGGAGACAAAGGGGAACCUGGCGCAGUUGGUCCAGCAGGGCUCAAAGGAAAAAGGGGAGAAAAUGGCGAACGGGGGCCUCCUGGGAAAAUGGGGCCCCAAGGAGUCCAAGGGCCCAUUGGACUCAAAGGAAGUAAGGGAGAGCUUGGGCUGCCUGGACCCCAAGGACCUAAAGGGGAUUUUGGGCCUCUUGGACCACAGGGUCCCAAGGGAGAAGUUGGCCUUAGAGGUGACAGAGGCAUUCAGGGGCCACUGGGACCCCCUGGCAGGCCAGGGCCCAAGGGGGAAAUUGGUGUUCCAGGUCACAAAGGCAAUAUUGGUUAUCGUGGGGAGAGAGGGUCUCGAGGAGAGAAAGGUGACAAAGGUGAGAAGGGAGAAGAACUUGUUAUCUCUAAAAGCGCCUUCUCAGUGGGACUCACAGCACAAAGUAAACUCCCUACACCUAAUGCUCCGAUCCGGUUUGACAAGAUCAUUUACAAUGUGCAGAAUCACUACGAUCCACAGACAGGAAGAUUCACAUGCUCCGCAGCGGGAGCAUAUUUCUUCACCUACCACAUCACGGUCUUCUCCCGGAACGUGAAGGUUGCUCUGGUGAAGAAUGGUGCAAAGAUCAUUCACACCACGGAUAACUACCAGAGCAGCGAGGAUCAGGCAGCAGGGGGCGCUGUGCUGAACCUGGAUGUGGGAGACAAGGUGUGGCUGCAGGUGACUGGGGGAGAGCUGUACAAUGGGCUCUUUGCUGAUGAAGAUGAUGACACGACCUUCUCUGGGUUCUUAAUCUUUGGGGCUUAGAUGAGGCAAACUUUCUUUAUAAUUGAUGUUGAAUAUUUCUAAAGAAUAGAAAUGAGUCAUAAGAAAUCAGCCUGUCUCUAAACUUUGGUUGACUAUAUAAUGCAAUGUACAGUGUACCUAAGUACAUUUACUCACCUACUGUACUAAAGAACAAAUUUGAGGUACUUGUACCUUAAUUAAGUAUUUCAAUUUUAUUCUACUUAAAUACUUAUACUACUCAAAUCAUACUUUUCACUCCACUGCAUUUAUUUGACUACUGAGGUGUCUCCUUCAAGCUCAUCUCCUCUACCAGAGGGCCCUGGAGUCUGAGGGUUCUGCACCUGAUGAAGCUAUGGGCAAAACACGUCUGUAACAUCUCAAAUGAAGACUUAAGGAAGAAGCAAUUCAGCCAUCUUAUGUGAGGUGUAUUGGCUUAUUUGCUGAGGACUGACACACACACACACACACACACACACAAAUAUAUAUAUAUAUAUACCUAUAACACAAUUGUAAUAUGAUAUAGGCAAUGAUACAACACUCACUGGGUAAUUUGUAUGCAUUGUAAGUACUUUUCCUUUUUACACCAAGAACAUUUUGCUGAUAAUACUUCCAUACUUAAAUCAAACUCGCAGGAUUUUUACAUUGUUGUAUUGCUACUUUAAAAAUAAUCUGAAAUUGUGUGCGCAUCAUGUGGUUCAUCUUGGACAUGCAAUUCUGCUGAAAAUGAGAGCCUGUUAAUGAAAAACAAACAUUAAAC